AUGUCGUGCCCUAGCCGCUCUAGGGUUUUGGGAACGGAAGUUCAGGAUGAGCAUAUGAAGGACGAAGGUUCGUAUGCGGAGAAGGUUCAGAGUAGUAAUGGUAGAGGAGUACCAGUUCCAGAGAGAGUUCUAGAGGAGGAGUUUGUGCUGUCAAGAAUGAGUUUGGAGUUUCCCGAUGGGGAGGAAGGAGAGCCGGUCAUCACGAUUGGUAAAGAAGUGUUGGAUGCCAUGAACGGGUUAUUCCGGCAGUGUAUGAUCGUGAAAGUUAUGGGUCGUCACAUCUCAGUGGAAGCGAUGAAUCGAAGGCUCAAGGAGUUGUGGAAACCGAGGGGUGGGAUGUCGGUGUUGGAUCUACCGAGACAGUUCUUCAUGGUGCGGUUUGAUGUGGAGGAGGAUUACUUGAGGGCAGUGACAGGUGGUUUAUGGCGUGUAUUUGGUAGUAUUCUAAUGGUUAAAACGUGGUCACCGGACUUUGAUCCGGUAAGAGACGAGAUUAGAACUAGGCCAGUGUGGGUCAGGAUCGCAAAUCUGCCGGUGAACUUCUAUCAUAAGACUAUAUUGAUGGGGAUCGCAGGAGGGUUAGGUAAACCGAUUAAGGUGGACUUGACAUCUUUGAGAGUGGAACGAGCAAGGUUUGCACGUGUGUGUGUGGAAGUGGACAUAAAGCGGCAAUUAAAAGGGACACUAAUGGUGAACGGGGAGAGGUAUUACGUCUCCUAUGAAGGUCUAUAUCAUAAUUGA